UUUAAAUUUACCGCCAUGCAAACCUCGAGACAGUUCAUACUUCACAUGCAACAACAAACCGCCACGCAAUCACGCCCCUAUUCACUAAACGGCCUUUUCAAAGGGUGGAGCAGCCAUUGUUGCGAAGACGAGUGCCGAAAGUCGUUGGAGCAAGAGAGAAGAGCACAAAAGUAUGUAAUAGAAAAAUCCUGUGGACCGUCGAUAUUCGAGACGUGGAGACCGAAGGUGCCCGAUUUAACACCCGUGAACUUCCCCACCAUACAGAAAAGCAUGAUGAAACAAUUCGGGCCGAGAACCUGCCACCCCGGUAUGAAAUUUAACGCGAAAACCCGAUGCGAUAUCGCCAAAGAGGUGGUGGAAAAGCAGAAAAUGUUACAUCCGAAAUGGGUCAGGUCCUGUCCGCCCAUAAAGGACAAAACCCUUUUGGGGCCUUUGAUCCCGAACAGGGACUGCGUGAAACAAUGUGAGGGCGCCAAGGGGUGCAGGAAGAAGUGCGACCCGAAAGUCCCUGAAGGCGACUGGGAUCCUGACGCCUAUUGAGAGAUACAACGUCCUGGAUA